AUGAAGCCUGCAGCCGAAGCUAAAAUGCAACUUGUUUCGGUCUCCCACCUCUUCAUGCCUUUCCCCGGAAGGCAGGCUGCUACCCUUCAGAAACAAUCAAUGAAAACAACGGGGAUGCAGAAGGAUACAUCUCCUGAUCUGGUUUUGGUCCCAGCUGGGUUGGCCAUUUUGUUUGGGUACCAUCUCCUUCUCCUCUACAGACUCUUCAGGUUUCCCCACACCACUGUGAUUGGUUAUGAGAACCACAACAAGCGAGCAUGGGUCGAGCGGAUGAUGCAGACAACUCCGGAGGAGACUGCAAUAGCUCUGCAGGUGAUAUCAAGCAGUAUAUCAGCAUCAACCAACCUGGCCUCGCUCUCUAUCGCUCUGAGCUCUCUCAUCGGAACCUGGAUAGGAAGCAGCUCCAAGGUAUUGAUGUCGGAAGUCAUCUACGGGGACACAAGCCAGCCCACGUCUUCCGUGAAGUAUGUUUCCCUGCUCACCUGCUUCUUGGCCGCCUUCACUUGCUUCAUCCACUCGGCACGGUACCUCGUCCAUGCCAGCUUCAUGCUGAGCACACUGGACUCGGACAUACCCAUAAGCUACGUCCAGAAUGCAGUGAUCAGAGGCAGCAAUUUCUGGUCGAUGGGUCUCAGAGCAAUGUACUUUGCCACCGCCUUGCUGCUGUGGAUCUUUGGACCGAUACCGAUGUUUGUAUGUUCAGUAUUCAUGGUGAUGAUACUGCACCUCCUCGAUACUAAUUCCACUCCACUGCAUCACUUCAGAUAUCAUCCGAACAAGGGGCUGGAGAAAAGAAUUAAUGCAAGACAUGCAAGUAGCAUUCUUGAGAACCCGAUGUAUCCUCCACUUCCAUAAGUUAGUCUAUCCAUGAACCAGGCAAGGAGACGACAGCAAGUGAUUGCUUGAACUAAAACUUUUACUGAUAAAUGGCGCCUCAUAUUCUACA